AUGAUUCAAGGCAUUCAGGACAACUUUUUUUCGGGCCGCCACGACAUCUUGGACUAUGCGGAUCAAAUUUAUCAAGGAUUGGAUAACAUUGACAAUCUGGAGACCCACAGCACACAAUCGAUAUCUCAGUCCAAUACCUCCUCUGCCAAGUAUACAUCACUUCCUGUCUACACAGGGGUUGACGGCGAUGAUGCUGUAUUGACGCCUUGGGACAUGGUUCAUGCAGUUCACCUUGCGGUUCACCUUGGUUUCGGAAUCUACGCAGAAUUGUUCGCAUAUGCUUGGCUAUGA